CGUGGAACGAAGUUCUGCGGCCGCGUGGAUCGUCACUUGUCUUACGGUUUUUGCACAAAUAUGAGGAUUUAUUUAUAAUGACUGAAGAACAACACAUAUGUACCGGUUUAUCUGUGAAGGACAUGGAAUUGGUGGAGCCGCUGGCAGAGCAGCAGCAGUGCUGGAGUUGGCAGGCAGCCUGCGGCCUGCAUGGUUACAACCUGCGGGAUAUUUUCACAUGGAGCCUGCUGAAGACUGUUGCCAUGGGCCAGGUCUUGUCCCUGCUGAUUUGUGGGACUGCGGUGAGCUGCCAGUACCUGGCUGAGGCCGGAGUGGAGACGCCGAUGCUACAGAGUUUCCUGAACUACGCCAUGCUGCUUCUCGUCUACACGUCUGUCCUCGUCUUGCGGAAAGGUGACCGGAACAUUUUGCAUAUUUUAAAGACCAAGUGGUGGAAAUAUUUGGUGAUGGGUGUUGCCGACGUGGAAGCUAACUACACAGUGGUGAUGGCGUACCGCUUUACUACCCUGACCAGUAUCCAGCUGCUGGACUGUUUUGUGAUCCCAGUGCUGAUGGUUCUGUCCUGGUUCCUCCUGAAGACUCGGUACCGGCUGGUCCAUUUUGUGGCUGUGGGGAUUUGUUUGUUAGGAGUCGGGGCCAUGGUGGGGGCCGACAUUCUGGCUCACAGAGACCAGGGCUCCUAUAAUAAUGUUGCCCUCGGCGAUGGUUUGGUGCUGCUCAGCGCUGUUCUGUAUGCCGUAUCCAACGUGUGCCAGGAGUACACAGUGAAGAACCUGAGCUGGGUGGACUUCCUGGGCAUGAUGGGAUUGUUCGGGAGCGUCAUCAGCGGUAUCCAGCUAGCUGUUCUGGAGACACAGGCGGUGAGAGCGAUAACGUGGAACCUGAAAAUCGGGCUGCUGUUCACGCUUUAUGUCUCGUGCAUGUUCGCGCUCUACAGCUUCAUGCCCCUCGUGGUUAAACUGAGCAGCGCCACCGCUGUCAACCUCUCUCUCCUGACCGCCGACCUGUUCAGCCUCUUCUGCGGCCUCUUCCUGUUCCACUACACCUUUUCAGCCCUCUACAUCAUCUCCUUUGUGGUCAUCGCCGUGGGUUUCAUCAUGUUCAACGCUGUUCCCACGUACUCCGCUUUACCUGAAUCUGGAUCCACAGAGGACGAGCAUGUCAAUGUCACAGCCCAGAGCCCCUCAGACUCCCCGCCUACUGUCAAUGGCCCGAGGCAGCCCUAAGUAGCCAAAGCGGCCUUCCUUGGACUGAAGCAGCCCGAGGUGACCUGAGUCACCCCGAGUGGCUUUAAGUAGCCUAAGACAGCUCUAUGCGGCCCGACGUGGCCCAUGUGGUCCGAGGUAGCCUGAGGCAGCACUAGAUGGCCUGCGACACCCCGAGUUGCCCUCAGUAACCCAAGGCAGCCCUACAGUGCAUCCUGAAAGUAUUCACAGCGCUUCACUUUUACCACAUUUUGUUACAGCCUUAUUCCAAAAUAAAUAGAAUAAUUUUUUCCCUCAAAAUUCUACACACAAUAC